AUGUCUCAACAGCAAUAUGAUUGCGUCAUCACGAAUGGCAUUCUCGUGACUGCAAACGAAAUUCUCCCCGCUGGUCUAGACAUUGGCAUCAAAGAUGGCAAAAUUGCUGCACUUGGAUAUAACCUGGCAAUGGGACAAAUCGAUGCCAAAGUGAUAGAUGCCGAAAGUGCCUACAUCACCCCAGGCGGAAUAGAUUCACAUGCGCACAUUCAACAAGACAAUAUGCCAACCGGCGACACCUGGGAGAGUGCCUCGCGGAGUGCCAUUGCAGGCGGAACAACUACCGUUCUCGCUUUUGCCGGCCAGAAACGUCAUGAAACCUCGGUACUGGACGUCGUGCAGCAAUAUCACGCCAAGGCAAAUGGCCAGGUGUAUUGCGACUACGGAUUUCACCUUGUCGUCACAAAUCCUACCCAGGAAAUCCUCGAAGACCAGAUGCCAAAGUUGGUCGAUGAAGGGAUUACUUCUGUCAAACUGUACAUGACAUACGAGCCAUACAAACUUAAUGAUGGCGAAUUGCUCGAUGUCAUGCUCUCUUGCCGUAGUUUGGGUAUGACCACCAUGAUACAUGCGGAAAACUCGGAUAUGAUCGCCAUGGUCAUCAAGCGUCUUGAAGCAAAAGGCAACACAGAUCCUUUCUUCCACGCAGUCGCAAGACCGCGCCUUGCGGAGGACGAGGCAUCGUACCGGGCUAUCUCACUCGCUGAACUCGUCGAUGCCCCUAUUCUUCUAGUACACAUGUCUUCCGAAUCGGCCCUUGAGCAUGUUAUGGCUGCGCAAGCGCGCCUCCUGCCAGUUCAUGCCGAGACAUGUCCUCACUACCUGUUUCUUCUUUCCGAAGAGAUCAAGCAAUGCCACAACGGUGACCAUUCUCACGGCACUAAGUUCAUCUGUGCACCGCCUUUGCGCCACCAUCCGUCGGAUCUUGAGGGGUUGUGGCGCGGCCUCGCUAACGGAGCGUUCACUGUCUGGUCUUCGGACCAUGCCGCGACAAAGUACGACCACCCUCUAGGCAAAAAGGCCGGCAUCGUGGACGGUGUUGUUCGAUUUUCCAAGGUACCCAAUGGCUUACCGGGCCUGGAGACGAGGAUGGCAUUACUAUUCAACCAGUCGGAAGCGUGUUUACCACCCGAAAAGGCACGAAUCACUCUGCCACAGUUUGUGAAACUCACAGCAAGCAAUGCUGCCAAGCUGUAUGGAAUGGAUGACAGAAAGGGGACUUUGAUGGUAGGAUUCGAUGCGGAUUUGGUCAUAUGGUAUCCACCUGGGGAUCCGAGAGGUACUGUGACUAUCACCCAAGGAAAACUCCAUCAUGGCGUCGACUACACACCAUUUGAAGGUCUCUCUGUUCAGAACUGGCCGAGAUACACGAUUCUCAGAGGCAACGUUGUGUGGCAACAUGACGGCGCUGGUAUUGUCGGAGCAAAGGGUGUUGGGCAGUUCUUGCGUCGGAACAAGGGAAAAGUUGUCACAGGCAGAAUGGGCCAGCAAGGAAGAGAUUUACCAUCAGUAUCGGGUACUCAACAAACUCCAAUCUCUAUCCUCUUGAUCAAUCCAAAUUCAUCUCCUCACAUCACCAACGCCUGCCUGCAAAACAUCUCGAGCAAGAUCCCCCCAGGCGUAACAGUCUAUGGCUUCACCGCACCCCCACCAGCUCCCAGCGCGAUUGAAGGCCGCGUCGACGGAAUCCUCUCCUCUGCCGAGUGCCUGCGCAGAAUCGUACCUAUUAAACAUCGCUUUGACGCCUUCCUCGUUGCCUGCUUCAGCAAUCACCCACUUAUUACGGCCUUGCGCGAAGAAGUUGAAGCACCCGUCCUCGGCAUCAUGGAAUCAGCUCUAUACGCAGCCCGCAUGUGCGGCAACAAGCUUGGUGUCAUAACUACCAGCGAGCGCUCCGAGAUCCUGCACGCGCAGACCAUCUUCGACGCCGGGUUCGCCAACUAUUCUGCUGGAUGUGUCGCGUGCAAGAUCUCGGUACUCGACCUCGAAAACAAGCCAAAACAAGAGGUGUUUGCGGGUGUGACGCGCGCGGCAAGGGAGCUUGUAGAGGGCAGGAAGGCGGAUUGUCUGCUGCUUGGGUGCGCGGGCAUGACAGGCGCGAAGGAAGCCUGCGAAGACGCCGUCGGCACUAAGCAGAGGCAGGUCAUGGUUGUGGAUGGCGUGGCCGUUGGCGUGCAGUUUUUGAUCGGCUUGGUGAGGGAGGGGUUGGGGACAGCAAAAGGCGGGGCAUAUCGGCCGGCGGAAGCGGGGCGCAAAGCAAGGGGCCAGGAGUGGUAUUGA